AUGACAGCAACAACUGCAGCAGAAGACCUCUUGCAGAUAAAUCAAGUGGUUAAAGAAAGAUUCCGAGUUGUGAAGAAAAUUGGAGGCGGUGGAUUCGGUGAAAUCUAUGAAGCAACUGAUCUUGUCAAUCGCGAGAGUGUUGCUCUUAAACUUGAAUCUGCUCGUCAGGUCAAACAGGUGCUCAAAAUGGAGGUUGCUGUCUUGAAAAGGUUGCAAGGACGUGAUCAUGUUUGCCGCUUUAUUGGCUGUGGUCGAAAUGAGAGGUACAAUUAUGUGGUGAUGUCACUACAGGGUAAGAACUUGGCAGAACUGAGACGAAGUCAGCCACGUGGCUGUUUUUCUCUCAGUACAACUCUACGACUUGCCUCACAGAUACUUCAUGCAAUCGAAGCUAUUCAUGAUGUUGGAUUUUUACAUAGAGAUGUGAAACCCUCCAAUUUUGCUAUGGGUCGACAUCCAAAUCAUAGGAAGGUUUACAUGUUAGACUUUGGCCUGGCUCGUCAGUACACCACAGCUUCUGGCGAUGUCAGGCAACCACGUUUAGCUGCCGGUUUCAGGGGCACAGUGCGCUAUGCAUCCAUAAAUGCACAUCAGAACAGAGAGAUGGGACGACAUGAUGACCUGUGGUCUCUUUUCUACAUGGUUGUAGAAUUUGUAUCAGGCCAGCUGCCGUGGCGAAAGAUAAAAGACAAAGAACAGGUUGGAAUAAUGAAAGACCGAUACGAUCACACCAAUUUGCUAAAAAAUCUGCCAAGUGAAUUCCGCGCAUUUCUAGAACACAUUCAGAGCCUAACCUACUUUGAUCAGCCUGACUACAACAUGCUAUCUAACCUGCUGGACCAGUGCAUGCGACGCAAGAACAUCCGGGAGUCGGACCCUUUCGAUUGGGAGAAGUGCAAUGUGGACACCUCCAUAACCACCACCAAUACCUCAGCUUUGCAUGCUCUGAGACAAACCAAUGCUGUGAACAUGGGCCCCAACACACCUGGUCAUGGUGCUACGGAAGUCUUGGAUGAAAACCUGAGCUAUGUGGAAGGAGAGGAGCCACUCAAGAAAGCUGAACUGAUUCCCCUCAACGAGGUGGACAAUCGAUAUGUGGAGGAGGGUGUGGUGGUCCUGUCGCGGCCAGAUGCUGACACCCCUCCUGCUAAAUAUGAGCAGGAUACAAAAACCAAAGAGAAGAGUAAAGAUACAGAGAAGUCUAAAGGUCUCAAGAAGACUGAUGUUGGCAGGAAGGGGGUCAACCUUGAUGCAACUUCUUCCAAAGAUGGGGGAAACCGAAGCGGCACUGGAAACUCUCACCUGGCAAAGCAGCAGGGUGUAGGUUCUGCAAAAGCUUCUUCAGCAGUCAAUGUGGAGAUUGUUGGCUCCCAGCAAGUGAGCUCUUCAAAAUAUGCAGACAAGGAUAACACUUCUUCUCCAGGGGAUCGUCUGCCACCCCCUGGUCCUUCUGUGGGCUAUGAUUUGCAACAGUCUGUGAACCCAGCUGGUAGUUCGGUGGGAGGCAGAGGCAGGCUUGUUAAACUUCAUGAAGGAUAUGAAAGUGGGAGUGUGGAUUAUGUAGCCGGCGAGAAGCCUGGAAAUGCAGGAAACAUCAACCAGGGUUACACUGGCAGUCUGGAUGCAGGAGAACCCAGCAAUGAGAAUGAGAACAUGCGUCUGGAGAGCCAGCCCGAUCUAGCCAGCCGUGCUGCAAUCACUUUUGCCCUCAUGCAAACUGAUGAUAAGACACACACUCAGUGUGAUGAAGCUGCAGAAGACAAUGCUACUCGUGCCGCCCCCUUCACCAUGGCAAGUCAGUGGGGAGCUUGUGGUUCCAGUGAUGAAGGGAGUGAUGAUGAAGACAGCGGAGAGGAGGAAGGAGGCGACAAGGGAAGGAAGAGCUCCAGGGCUAGAAGGUUGGCUGUGUUGAACACACUUGCUGAUGAGGAUGAUCACCAGCUGGAUAGCAUGGCCAGGAAUUCAUUAAUUUUACUCGAUGAGAGGGACGGCGUGGAAACCAUGAGAACCUCCCUGGUGUUUGAAGACGAUAACACUGACCUGAUGAAGGUCAUGCAGUCAAGCGGUAGCCGUGCUGAGGAGGGCUCAGAAGGGGUGCUAGAAAACUUGAGCCGCCACACAGAUCCAGCUCACCAGAGCCAACAUCAUCAUCAUCACUCUCAGCCUCAAGAAAAGUCUUAUAGUUCUAGUCCCAGAAAAAUGCCUGACAAGCUUGCCAAAGAUAUAGACAACAGAAUAGGCUCGCCUAUGAGACAUAGCAGUAGCGUGGGCAGUCCAUCCAAAUUUGUGUUUAAAAAUAGAGAGCAGGGAGAUGACAAGAGGUACAGAAAACCUCUCACAGUGGGCAAGCCACCCAUUCAUUCUUCAGGCAAGAGGGAUAAGAGCUCGGAUACUGCUGUUCUGGGGCACACUGAAGGGAGCAAGCCUCCCACAUGCAUUUAUUCCUCAAGUGCUAGGGAUGCGGUACCUCUGCCAAAACCGAAGUCUAUUCUUAGGGAUAAAAACGCAUUAACCAGUGAUCGGAACGUAAAUGUGGACAAUCGAUUUAACACAGAUAUUCCAGCAAUACCACCAGAAAGUGGCAUCGAUGGCAGGUUUGCCCUGUCAGGGAAAGACGAACCGAACGUUACGUCGAGAGACCAAAGCCCCCGACGACCUCAAGCUGCCCGACACUCUUCCAAUAAAUUACGGGAAUCUGAGCCACUAAGUGGUCAGCAUAUACGUUGCCUUUCAAGACCAGGCCCUUCAGCGUCACCCCGGGGAUACUUUGAUGCCAGAUCUGCUACCAUGCCUGAACCUGAUGGGGGACCAGUCCCAAAACCUCCACCAGGUCAUGCUCCUAAAAAUGCAGUGGUCACUGCUAGGCGCCGUCGUUACAAAUUGGCAUCGAGCAGUGUGAGUCCGCACGAGGCCAACAGCCCCUAG